ACAGAGUCUCGGAUCUGCUCAGAGAUGAGGCUCCAACCUGCAGAGGAGCUCCAGACUGAGGCUUUUAUUUUGAAGGCAGAGGGGCAUGCAUGAGUACCACUUUUGCCCUGGAAAAGCAAACAUCUGAGAGGAAGACAGUGGAGGAGCCUGAGGCUCAGCGUCUGUGGACUUUACUAAAAAAAAAGUGCAACUUCUUCUAGAACCAGGAGAUGGUGGAGCUGUAAAACCAUCAUGGAGCCCGUGAAGAGGGACAUGGAGCUGCUCAGUAACAGCAUGGCCACCUACGCCCAUAUCAAAGCGAACCCUGAGAGCUUUGCUCUCUACUUCAUGAUGGGGGUCUCCUUCGGCCUCUUCAUGGCGCUCUGCCUCCUGGUGGGAGGCAUCGCCUGCAGGACUCAACACCGCAGGAAACCUUCUUCAUCUCCUGAGAGGAGACAGCUGAAGGAGUCCAGCGAGGAAGAGGAGGACGAGGAGGAGGAAGAAGAGGAGGAGGAAGACCCCAAGACGACGGGGGGCGCCCUGAGCAACCGCAGCAGCCAAUCAAACGGCACGCUGAGGAGCGUGAACGUGUUUGCCUCUGCGGAGGAGCUGGAGAAGGCGCGACGUCUGGAGGAGCGAGAGCGGAUCGUCCGGGAGAUAUGGAGGAACGGACAGCCAGACAUCCUGGUCACGGGAACCGGAACCAUGGGGCGGGUCCAUUACUGCUGACAGAACCAGGAAGGAGAGGACGGCUCGCUGGUGACCUCUGCUGUUUCCACAGAGGAUCCUCUUCAGUGUUUCUGCAGGAACUUUGGUUCUGAGGGAACCGAGGUGAGGAUGUCUGCAGGGUAGUGCCUGUUCCAUCAAUAAUUUACACACAGAUGUUAAUCCUAUAGAUAAUCUGAGAUUAUAUUAAAAAAUAUUACCCACAGUUUAAAAAUGAGGAUGAAAAGCUGAGUCUUCAAAAGUGAACCACAGUUCUGAUGAGUUUUACUGAAGGUUCUUCAUGUUUUCUAAAGGGUUUACCAUCAUUACUGUGUAUUCAAGUUCAUGAAACAGCAUCAGAUCUAAUCCAAACUUUGAACAAAACUCUACAAAAUGUUAAUCCAUUCCAAUGUGGAUCUGCUGCAGAGCUCCAAACCAUCACACUCCCUCCAACAUGUUUGACUCUUCUUUCAAAAGUCUGUUAAUGUUGGUCCAGAUGGGAGUCAAGCCCUCCACAACAUUUCCUCUUUUUGUUUUGUCAGAUUAUUUUGUUCGGAUAUUUGUCGAUAAUCCAGAUUUAUAUUUGUAUUUUGUUUUUUUGCCAGCAGUUUUUCUCCUUCAACUUUCACGGUUUCAUUUGGUCGAAAAUUCAUUUCCUGACAUUUGAAUCAUGACCUUUGACCUUAAGUGAUGCCUGCACCUUUUUCAAUGUUGUACUGCUGGAUAAGACCUUGUUGUGUUCUUAAACAUUUUGGUCUGCCGGCAAAUUUUUGUUUUUUUCAGUAAGUUGCGGUGUGUUGUUGUGUUUAGCUUUUCAGCAGGGAGCGCUAAUCUACAGCCGCGUCAUAGAAGUAAAAAUAGAUGCCUGGUCACGUGAUUUGCAUAAUGACCAUAAAUCAUUUUCAUCAAACCUGGUAAGAUUCAGGUUAUUAAAAAAAGGCCCUCAAAUGCAGCUUGUUUAAGACUAUUAGUUCCAUCCACACAGAAAAUAUCUGGAAAACCCUUUUAUGCUAGAAAAAAACAAAAACACAAAUAAAUGUAAUUUAGCUAAAAAACAUCUUCAAAAAGAAUAAUUUGUGCACAAUUUCUCUAGUUUUGGCAGCCACCUUGGAUUCCCAAUGAUGUCAUAAACUCUGAUCAGAAAUUAAAAGAAGUUUCAGGUUUUUUGUUUACUUUUCAUUCCAUCGUUCCGUUUCUUUGGCACUUGGUGAAAUGAGUUUUAAAUGUUGGAAAUAUUGCAAAAUGUAUGUUAUUUAUAUUAAAUUAGCUGAAGCAAUGGAAUACAGUUCAUGUUAAAGCAAGAUAAUUAAAGUUAAACUCUGAUGUCGACUCCAAAAGCUGCUAAAAUAAACGCUAACGGCUAAACUAGUUAAAGAAAGUGCUAAAUUGAAAACUAAAACUAAAUGAAAUAGAAAGAAAAUGCAACGUUUGCUAAAACGACCUGGGUAAAAUUGCUAUAUUUUGUUUGAAGCUGUUUAUGAAAAAAGAAUCAUAAUAGAAAAACAUCUUAAAUUAAACAGAGACCAAAGAAUGUAAAUUGGAAAAAAAA